AUGAAGAUUCUCACGCGCCGGGAACUUCCCGGAGCGUUGUGUGAGUUUAAGCGCGUGAUGAGAGCGUUGUUUGGGGAGUGCGUGUACGACGUGAAGCACAUGAUGAGAUUUUGCCAAAAGAGAUUGUACGGCGGUUUAGACCGGGUCGCAUUGACGCUUCAGGUUAACCGGGCGGUUGGAAAAUGUCACCAGGCCGGUUCGGAUAGUUUGCUUACGUGGCAUGCGUUUCAGAGGAUGAGAGAUUUGUAUUUCCUUCAAGAUGGACCGGAGAAACACGCCGGCGUUUUGUACGGGCUUGAGAUUGUUUGA